AUGAAAUCUAACAAUGCUCACGAAUCUUUCUUUGCAUAUCUGAACUGGGCUAUAGGCCUAAAUCGUUUGAGCCUUCGCUUAAUGGGCAUAUGGCCGGACGAUAGCGUUGCCGAGACGAAACUUUUCACGACAAUUUUGCGUAUCCCGCUCAUAAUAUCGGUCAUGAUGUUGUGCAUAGUAGUACCACAAAUGUACGCUCUGAUUUUAGUUAGGAACAAUUUACUGCUCAUCAUCGAUAACUUCAUGACGAGCUUUCCGACUCUCAUUGGAUGUGCGAAAUUUUACUUUCUUUGGCGCAGCAAAGAAGUUCUGCGACCAGUAGUGUGCUCGGUCACGGAAGACUGGCUGCGCCCAAAGUCUGAUUUGGAGUGCCAAAAAAUGCGAGACGCGGCGGUGGUGGCGAGGCUAUUUACCGUCGGCGGCUACAGCCUCAUUACCGGUAGCCUCAUGGGCUUCAUCAUCGCUCCGCUCUGCGGCCUGAAUAUUCGCGUUGAACAGAACAUCACCGACUACGGCAGGCAACCCCUGCUUGUGCAGUCCUACUAUCCCUACGACUACUCCCAGAGCCCGAAUUUCGAAAUCACUCACAGCUCGCAAAUAGUCGCUGCAUGCUUCGUAGCCAUGUCACUCGCGGUGCCGGACAAUUACUUUGGCGCCUUGGUUUUUCACAUCAGUGGACAGUUUCAACUGUUGGGACUCAACUUUGAGCACUUUAUCAAACAGAAUGAGAAGAUUGUAGGGAUUAUGGCGGUCAGAGAUUUUAAUAAAAGUUUAGGCGUUUACGUUGACAGGCACGUGCACCUAAUCAGGAUGGUCGCCAUCGUGGAGAAGUCUUUCAAUUUCAUUAUUUUAAUUCAAAUAUUUUGCCUGUGUGUGAUGGCCUGCUGCUUAGGUGUCAGAAUUUUGUCUGCCAUUGGGAAUCCAAACGAUAAAACGGCAGUCAUUCAAAUCAUCAAUCUCGGUGCCACUUUAAUUAGCCUAAUGAUAUUCGCGUUUAGUAAUUGUUAUGCGAGUGAGACUUUAGCUUCACGCAGCGCAGAAAUAUUCCAACAAGUCUAUAGUAGCGAUUGGUACAAGAUUCCUAAAAGGAGUACUUGUUGUUAUCUUAUUAUGAUAAUGAUAAUGUCAAAGAAUCCCCAGAUGCUGUCUGCUGGAAAAAUUCUGUAUUUGUCUCUGUCAACAUUUUGCAUUAUAUUAAAAUCAAUAGCAGGAUAUCUUUCUGUACUUAUUGCUCAGAGUAAUUAA